CUCUCCGUUCACCUACAGAUCACACCUGCUGCCCCAAUCUACUCCAAGCCUCAGUAUCUCCAUCGAGCGCUUUCUCCAGUCUUUCGCUUCAUGGUCAACUGACCGGCAGUUCCCUUCCACAGCUGCUUGUUUUCAGUGCCUCGAACCUCCUGUCUCUUGUCACCUCCCCGCCCAGUCCCAACCUUGCGGUGUCUCGCACUAUUUCACCAUGGCGGACAGCGAGUUCUCUCCUAAAUUCGCUCCAUUUUUCUCCUUUGCAGGGAUUGCAUCGGCUAUGAUUUUCGGAUCAUUGGGAGCAGCAUAUGGAACAGCCAAAUCAGGUAUCGGUAUCUCCGGUGUCGGAACCUUCCGACCGGAUCUGAUCAUGAAGUCCCUGAUCCCCGUCGUUAUGUCCGGUAUUAUCGCCGUCUAUGGCCUCGUCAUUGCGGUCCUCAUUGCUGGUGAUAUGGAUCCGCCCCCGACCCGGAAUAUGAGUCUCUAUACUGGAUUCAUGCACUUGGCUUCUGGACUGUCGGUUGGCCUCGCAGGCGUGGCUGCCGGAUACACUAUUGGAAUCGUGGGAGAUGCGGGUGUGCGUGCGUACAUGCAACAAUCGCGAGUUUAUGUCGGCAUGAUUCUGAUUCUCAUUUUCGGCGAGGUUCUUGGUCUCUAUGGCUUGAUUGUUGGUCUCAUUCUCAACUCCAAGAGCUCCGGUUAGAGGGUUCGGCUGGUCGCGAUCCUCUUUCCCUGUUUCCGCAGUCGUUGGCCGUUUCUACUCGAGUCAACUCCCUCAAACCCUAUAUACAGUCCGUGAACUCGGGUAGGAUGCACUCCAGGCUUUCCAAGCAGAAAAAAGAAGAAGCUAGAAUCUGGAUGUGUCCAACUCCACAUGCGCCUAUGGUAUCCAUAUUCAUCUGCUGGCCCUUCGGGGCUGUGGCUUCAAUGUACUAGUACUUGGCUUAUGUGUCCAUACAACAAACAUGCAAUCCUGG